CUUGUCAUCAAAGCGCUCAAGCAGUACACCACCACCACGUCGGUGCAACUGCAGCGACAAGUCUUGGAUCUUCUCGCUCAGCUCGUUCAACUGCGGGUCAACUACUGUCUCCUGGACUCUGACCAAGUUUUUAUUGGAUUUGUUCUAAAGCAGUUUGAAUACAUUGAAGUCGGCCAGUUCAGGGAAUCGGAAGCCAUCAUUCCCAGCGUCUUUUUCUUCCUGGUGCUGUUGUCUUACGAGCGCUACCACUCCAAGCAGAUCAUUGGAAUUCCUAAAAUUAUUCAGCUGUGCGACGGGAUCAUGGCCAGCGGAAGGAAAGCCGUAACACACGGUGAGCAGGGACAUCGGAAGUCUCAGAACCGAAGAAGCUUCUUCCGUGGGAAGCGAAAAGUUUUCAAGGAAAAAACGAAAAACGAAGUGCUGGAGAUGUUUAUCCUGGUGCUGCAACAGUGUCACCGAGAGAACGAGGAGAAGUGGAAGAGGCUGUCGCGACAGGUAGCAGACAUCAUCCUGCCAAUGCUGGCCAAACAACAGAUGCAGAUCGAUUCCCACGAAGCUCUGGGGAUACUGAACACUCUGUUUGAGAUCCUGGCCCCCUCCGCCCUGCGCCCCGUGGACAUGCUCUUGCGAAGCAUGUUCGUCACGCCCAGCACGAUGGCUUCCGUGAGCACCGUCCAGUUAUGGGUCUCCGGCAUUCUGGCCAUUCUGCGGGUCUUGAUUUCCCAGUCCACGGAAGACAUCGUCCUUUCCCGCAUCCAGGAGCUCUCCUUUUCCCCCCGGCUCAUCUCCUGCCAGGCGAUUCACCGGCUGAGAAACGGGGGAAACAACGUUCCCGGAGCUCAGGAGACCCCCCCGGAGGAGCACGAGCGCUUCCUGCCCGAAGAGACCUUUUCCAGAUUCCUAAUGCAACUGGUGGGAAUCCUCCUGGAAGACAUCACGAGCAAACAGUUGCACGUGGAGAUGAGCGAACAGCAACACACGUUCUACUGCCAGGAACUGGGCACCCUUCUCAUCUGCUUAAUUCAUACCUUCAAAUCAGGAAUGUUCCGAAGAAUCACAGCUGCAGCUACCAAGCUUUUUACAGGGAACGGACCCCACGGUCUCCAUUUCUACACCCUGGAGAGAUUAAACGACCUCGUCAAGUCCAUGAUAGCCACCCACCCAUCGCUGGUCCUUCUCUGGUGUCAAAUCUUGCUGCUUGUGAACUACACCGACUCCUGCUGGUGGUCCAAAGUUCAUCAGACGCCCAAAAGGCAGAGCCUAUCGAGUGCUAAAUUGCUCAGCCCUCAAGCCUGCGGGGGUCCCCGGGCAGAAGACGGGGGCGCCAAACUUAGCAUCUGCAACCGAGAGAUCGUGCGGAGGGGAUCCCUCAUCCUGUUUUGUGACUAUGUGUGCCAAAACCUGCACGACUCCGAGCACUUAACCUGGCUGACCGUGAAUCACGUCCAGGAACUGAUCAGUCUGUCUCAUGAACCCCCGGUCCAGGAUUUUAUAAGCGCCAUUCACAGAAACUCGGCCGCCAGCGGGCUUUUCAUCCAGGCUAUCCAGUCACGAUGUGAGAACUUCGCCUCUCCGACAGCGGUAAAGAAGACCCUGCAGUGUUUGGAGGGCAUCCAUCUGAGCCAGUCGGGGGCCGUGCUGGUUUUGUACGUGGACAAGCUUCUCUCCACUCCCUUCCGUGUGCUGGCCCACAUGGUGGACACCCUGGCCUGCCGUCGCGUGGAAAUGCUUUUAGCAGCGUCUGUGCAGGAUUGGUACUGUUCGCUGGUGAGGUCCCAGUGCUACACCAAAUCAGCUUUCGCUCUGCCAGAAGGUGCCGAAUUGAUGAAUCGGCUUCCUGAGCAAGAACUGGUUCCCUUUAUGAUGCACCAG